AUGCAUAAGGUUAGGAUAAAUCACGUGGCAGGUCAGGCGAACUGCAUUGUUGGUUAAGUGUUUGUAAAUAUGCCUUUCAGUGUAAGGUCUACACCUGUUGUAUUCGGCGCAUGUGACAAAUACCAUUUGAUUUGAAUUAGGUUAAGGUUAGGAAAAGGGUUCGGCUUAGUUAAAAUGCUAUUUUAACCUGCUACGAAUAGUAAUUUCCGGUCGUAGCUGUACCCCCUCCAGUCAGAACCUUGCUUCACAGUGCUACCAAAGAUUUAUAACUAUACCAAGAUAGACCACAGCCUGUCGUUUCCAAUGGGAACAAAUUAGUCACACUGAGCGGAACAAGCAAGAAGGUGGACAGAGCUAGAGAGAUCCUACUGGCGCGUUGCAGCAUUAUCUGCAUAUUUUCGUUAGGGAACGCCUACUCUGAAGUGUGUGUGUGCAUUAACUUGAAUUCGACUUUAUUUUGUAUUUUAUAUUUCUUCGCAAAGGGUUGUCUACAAAACUUAGUCCACUCUGUUCAUAACAGAUUUCGGGAACAGAAAACUAUUUAAAUCAAAUGUUUUAUCAAUGAGAAAAGUUGCUGAAUUUUGGCCAAAGUCUUCUCCCACUGCCGGCCAGUGGGCUUCCUCGCACAAGAAUAUUGGAUGGAAACACCAAGCGGAUGCUUCACAUUUAUACAUCCGGUAAAAUAUCUGUCUCAUUGUUCUAUCUGUGGCGGUACACCACCACCACAGCGUUUCUUAUUUUUUUCAAGUAUAUGUGGCAACUGGCUUAAGAUGUUAUUGUUUUAAAAUAUGGAUAGUUAUCAUUUUGUGUAGUUUUGGUAUAUAUUUUUUUCUGAAGGUCGUUAGCUAUAGAUGUGGACUCGGCACAAAGAUAUGUAUAGUUUGGAGUCUUACUCAAAGAAGGGAAAACGAAACGGCCGACUGUGAUUCACAAAUAACGCUCCUCUGCCGGGUCAGGUGUCUAAAGUCUUCCAGACAAGAUGGUGAAGAGGAGGCAGAAAGGUCCUAGAGAGGACGAAGUGAUAGACCUGACUGGUCCGUCGUGCAACCAUAUCCGUAAAGGUGUAGACUCCAGCUUCCUGAAGAAGACUGGGGUAGACUCCGCCUGUAACAGCUGCCAAGACUGUAGGGGUGAAGAGCUGGCUGCCACUGUACAGACUCCAUCAGAGGAGAUGAGCGAAACACCAACGAUAUGGAUGUGCUUAAAAUGUGGACACAGAGGGUGUGGGCGUACCUCUGAGGAUCAGCAUGCUAUCAAGCACUACGAGAAGCCUCGGUCAGAGCCUCACUGUCUGGUGCUCAGCCUGGACAACUGGAGCGUUUGGUGUUACAUCUGUGAUGAUGAUGUCCAGUACUCUAAAACAGGCCAUCUGGCUCAGUUGGUGAACAACAUUAAGAAACAGGCCUUGUCUGAGCCCCGGAAACAAAGUCCACAGAGAAAGCAUUCAAUAGUGAAGCUGGAGGACAGCAUGAUAGAAGAGCCACAGGAAACCAAGCCAGAAGAGAAGGAAGAGAACACAGUGACACAACCGAAAGAAAACCAGAAGAAGAACGGCAAGAAAGAAAAUGGUUUGAAAGAGAGCAGCAGUUUGACUAGAGGACAGAAGGCCGUGGGAGGAGCCAGCAGCGGUGCAGUGGGAGGAGUCAGCAGCUGUGCGUUGUCGGUUAGAGGACUCAGUAACCUUGGAAACACCUGUUUCUUCAACUCUGUUGUUCAGACCCUCUCUCAGACACAGAUGUUGAGACAGGUCAUCAACAAGGUGACCGCUGAAGAGAAGACCAGUGUCACCAUUACACCUGGAGUCUCCUCAGACCUGGAACCCAUUCUGGUGCAGCUUGGUCCUCCGGGGUCUCUGACCGUGGCGAUGUGCCAGAUCCUGAAUGAGAUCCAGGAGACGAAGAAGGGGGUGGUCACCCCGAGAGAACUUUUCAGUCAGGUCUGCAAAAAAGCGGCACGGUUUAAAGGGUUCCAGCAGCAGGAUAGCCAGGAGCUUCUUCGCUACUUGCUGGAUGGGAUGAGAGCCGAGGAGAUGAAAAGACUGAACUCUGGAAUAUCGGAAGCAGUGAAAAAACAUGGAAGAGAUGCUGAACAAUCGAAGAAGCUAGUCAAGG